UUAAAAGACUGACCUUAGCCACAUUCCACACGUGUAUUACAGACUUAUUCAUCUGUGCKGCCAUAACAUACUGAUUCCCAAGGAGACUUAAAGCACGAGGCGAACAGUUACCUCCUUUAUAACUCUUCAACUGCAUACCAGAGCCAAGAUCCCACACAGAAAUACAAAAAUGAUCCCCCAUACUGUCCGACGUGAAAGCAACCUCUGCGUCCGCCAUCUUGAAAAUAGAACAUGAGCCAGCGAUAGGAAUGUGUAACAGCGGUUUCUACUGUACCACAGGGAACCCAUGAAUAGCAGGAGAACAUUUUCCAAGAUGGCGGCUGAGACACAAAGUUUGUUGGAUUUUGAAUCAGCCAUGUUUUUGGAGCUGACAGAAGAAGAUGGUCUCUUUGUCACGGCUAGGGGGAUAAACAUAUCCAAGGUGUUGACAAACUUUCUCAAGAUGUACUGCGAUCCAGCCGCUCUUGUUAUUGUUGUUAAUGCAUCGGAAUACGAAGAGAGUCAUAUAACUGAAGAGCUCAAAACAGCAGGGGUACCAGUACCUAAAGUCAUCACUACAGAAUUUACCUCCUCAGAAAGAGAGUCCAUCUAUUUGUCUGGAGGUGUUCUUUUUGUAACUUCACGUAUUCUGGUAGUUGACAUGUUGACUAAAAAGCUGCCCAUCCAUCUUGUUACUGGUAUUGUUGUCUUCAAGGCACACAAGAUAAUAGAGUCUUGUCAAGAGGCAUUUAUUCUCAGAUUGUACAGAGAAAACAACAAGGUUACAGAAUAUUACAAUGUAUUACGCGUCCAUCCAUCCAUCCUUUUAAUGAAUUCAAUUCAAACUUCCAGAUUUCAUGCAUCUAUCACUGCUGUUCUUGAAAAACACAAGCCAGAUGUCGUUGAGUUGCACCUUCAGCUCAGCCCUUCCAUGACAGCCAUUCAGAUGGCCAUCUUGGAUCUGAUGGAAAACUGUCUCAAGGAGAUUAGACGAGCCAAUCCAUCUCUUGAUGCAGAUGAGUUGACUGUAGAGAAYAGUAUUCACAAGGCUUUUGAUAAACACCUUCGCUUUCAGUUGGACCCCAUCUGGCAUCACCUGAGCAGCAAAACAAGACAGUUAGUSGGAGACCUCAAAGUUCUAAGGUUGAUCUUGUUCUAUUUGACCCAGUACGACUGUGUUACAUUUUACACCUUUUUGGAGUCCCUAAGGACAAACCAGCCYGAUGCUACGCGUCAAUCUCUCUGGAUGUACAUGGAUGCAACAGACUCGUUAUUUGUGCAUGCCAAAGAAAGAGUUUAUGGAUCAACCCAGACACAAAAAACUAAACGACAGAAAACAGAAAGCAAUGCUGAAAACCCAAAAAAAGAUACAGAUGKAGAAGACGAUGAAUGGAAAAUGGAAGAAAGCCCGAAGUGGAAAAUAUUAGCUGAGAUUGUGGAAGAAAUUGAAAAAGACGAAGAUAAAAAUAAGAAUCUUGGACCUGCUCAUAUCCUUGUGGCGGCGUAUGACGAGAGAACCUGUUAUCAGUUAAAAGAGUAUUUAUGUCAUGGUUCCAAGGCACUUCUUACUCGUGUACUCAACAAAAUGGUAAAAGAUCCAGCAAACUCGAUCCCUGAYCCCGUGAUACCUACAGACCUGGACAUAGAUAUGGACGUCGACGACAUUGUUCAGGACACUGCGACGACAUCAAAACAGACUAGCUCCAAAACUCGUCGAGGUAAAGGUCRUGCUGGUCGAGGAAAGGGACGAACAAGGRGACAAGURGAUGAUAAACAAACCCGUCUGGUUGAAAUGACAGAAGAAAAGGAAACAAGUAAUUCCAACCAAGACAACAAAACUAAACGAGCAAACACACGGAACAUCAUCCUCAGACCUGAGGAAACGAAAGGCGACACAGAAGAACAAGGAUCAGAUUGUAAAAUCGUGUCUUCUCCGGUUAUUGUCAUACACCCUCUGGUUGGAUGCAGUGACCCAUAUAGCUUGAUCAAAACCCUAGAGGAAAUAGAACCACGUUACGUCAUUCUUUAUGACGCUGAGAUGGAAUUUGUUCGACAGCUAGAGAUCUACAAGGCUUCCAGACCAGGCGUCCCAAUCAGAGUUUAUUUCAUGAUUUAUUCAGGGUCAGUCGAAGAACAGAAAUAUCUUACAACAUUACGGAAGGAAAAGGAUGCUUUUGAGUUGCUUAUCAAAGAAAAAGGGAUGAUGGUAGUUCCUGAAGAACGAGAAGGAAAGACUGAAGCAGCCAUGGCUCUGAGUCGAGAUAAAACAAAAGCCACUGAUGUACUGAACACACGAAAAGCUGGAGGAAGAGAGGACGAAGCAAAGCAAGCACAGACGAGAAGGGUGAUUGUAGACAUGAGGGAAUUCAGAAGCGAACUGCCUUCUUUGAUUCAUAGGCGAGGAAUAGACAUAGAACCUGUCACGCUGGAGGUAGGAGAUUACAUCCUUAGUCCAGACAUGUGCGUCGAAAGAAAGAGUGUAGGCGAUCUCAUAAGCUCUCUGAACAGCGGUCGACUGUAUAACCAGGCUGUAGCAAUGACAAGAUUCUACAAACGCCCGAUUUUACUUAUAGAAUUUGAUCAAAAUAAAUCAUUUUCCUUACAGACAAUGUCAACUGUGUCUAAUGAAAUAUCAAUACAGAACGUCACAUCGAAGCUGGCUCUUUUAACUAUCCAUUUCCCGAAGUUACGGAUUCUUUGGUGUCAUAGUCCUUACGCCACAGCAGAACUCUUCGACGAUCUCAAGAAUGGACACCCUGAGCCUGAUGCCGAAACCGCCAUGUCCAUCGGAACAGAUUCGACGUCUGUUAGCGACGUCAAGUACAAUAUUGCUCCACAGGAUUUCAUUCUCAAGCUUCCAGGAAUCAACUCCAAAAACUACAAGUACCUAAUGAAUCAAGUAAAAAAUAUUCACGAACUUUGCGAGCUUCCAGAAACAAGAUUAGCUGAAAUUCUAGACAAUAGUAGCGCUGCCAAGACGUUGUGGGAAUUUCUUCAUGCGAAUAAAAAAGUACAAGAAAAGGUGAUAUCUUCCAAGACAACUCGAGCUAAACUGAGCAAAAAGAACUAAUCUGGGAGCUUUGUUGUUUCGUCUGUAUAUAUUUUUUAAGUCAAAAUUAUACAUUUGUAUAUUUUCUUAGGGUGUAAAUAAAGCAAAAGGAUUUGCAAUUUUGUGUAUUUACUAAAUUUUUGUUAUUUAUAUCUAGAAAAUGAAUAUUUGUAAGUUUCUUGGAUUCAACGUUAAAAUUAAAAUUAAAAAUKCGUAAAACAAA